AUGGAGAACCAACACAUCGACUUUGACGGGGCCAUCUACGGCGUGGACGGUGCCUUUGACCCUUCCUUCGACCCGAACCGACAAACCUACAACUUCUCCCAGACGUGGCCGCUCCCAAUCUCACCCGGCAGCAUGACACAGCAACAACAGCAGCACGAUGGCAGCCAGCAGCAGCAGCAGCACUCGCACCACCAGCAUCAGCACCCGCACCAGCAACGCCGCAUCAACAACGCAGCCGCGUCUACCGCGCACAACUCGCACCCGAGCACGACGAGCAUGGCUCCUCUCCACAUGGGCCUCGGCUUUCCCGCGGCCAUGCAACCGAUGAACCCCAUGUUGGCCACUUGGAUGAACAUCAACACGGAUGGCUUUGGGCAGGAUAGCUACGGACAGGGCUCAAUGGGAAUGGGCACGGAGUUCAGCACAUACGGAGGGCCUCUGCAGACGUCGCCUGUCGAGUUCGGUAUCAACCCGCACAUGAUGAACUCCAUGUCCAUGGCGCCCAUGAACUUCAUGACCACAACCAGCAUGGACGGGCUACCCACCCUGACUACUGCGCCCUUUACAAUGCAAACGAUGAACGACUUCCAGCAAGAAUUCACUCACCUCGGCAGCGCGCCCGCCGAAUACACCGCUCACUCAAAUCCCAGCGUUGGCACUGGCUCACCUGGUGAGAACUGGAUGGAGAUCCGUUCGCUCUCAAGUAGCGACAACGGCUGGGUCGACGUCGGCCUCGGCCACGGUCACCGCAACUCGUACGACUACUCAGAUAGCUCUGCCAUCAUCUUCAACCCAGCCCAGUCACUUCACAUCCGCACCGGCUCGAAUUCGUCAAACUCGAACCACUCUGACGUGCCACCGUCAGCCCAUUCCUUCAGCAGUUUCGAGGAGAUACAGUUCCCCAUGCACUCUCCUCAAUCAGAGAACAACUUGGAGCUUGUACACUCGCAUAGCCACUCCCACUCCCACUCUGACAGCUGUAACCACACUCACGGGCUCCCGAUGAGCGAUCACGACUUCGCCAACUACAUCUCGCCUACCCAGUCCGUCAGCCCGCCCAUGGCACGCGUCGAGCCCAUUGUCAUAAAACAAUCCUCGUCAAAUACCGCGUCGCCGACCUCGUCAGCCGUCAGCUCACCGCCGGCUCGUCGCAGGAAAUCACCCGCGACCGCGACCGCGACAGGAUCGAAGCCUGCCAAGACCAUUGUCAAGAAGACACCCGCUCACACCACCAAGAAGGACGCCACGGGCGAGAAGCGCGUCGGCAGGAGAAGGGGACCUCUCAGGCCUGAUCAGCGACAGCAAGCUCACGAGAUCCGCAAGCUUCGCGCAUGCCUGAGGUGUAAGUUCCUCAAGAAGACUUGCGACAAGGGCGACCCGUGCGCUGGUUGCCAGCCAUCCCACGCGCGUCUCUGGCAGGUCCCGUGCACGCGUAUCGACAUCAAGGAUAUUGCCUACUUCAUGAAGGACUGGAAGGCCGACUACGAGCGUCACGUCAGCCUUGGUUUCUCUAUCGGCAACAUCAAGGGCUUCUCGACAUCGGAGCGUUUGAUCUACGUUACCCACGGCUACGGCCACUACCUCCCCAUUAUGGCCCGCGACGUCUACGUCCGUGAUGAGAAGUGCUUUGGUGUUGACUGGCACGAGACCCUCAACGGUCUCCACUUCGAGAUCAACACCGCCAAGCUGUCCGCCGGCAUGGAGGGCAUCUCCCGCGCUAUGCUCUCUGACUACCUUGACCGCCACAUUGACGGUGGUUUCGAGCAGUUUGUUGAUGAGUACUUUGAGGGCACCUACUUUGUCACCGAGUUGUUGAAGACUGCCUACCGCUUCUACACUCGCGAGAAGCUUCCCGUCAUCCGUAAGGCGCUCAAGCUUGUCCUAGCCUACAACCUGACUCUCCACGUCACCAUGAUUGAGGGUCUCGGCGAUGAGGACAACACGCCUGGUAAGGUCGAGGACCAACAGUCCAAGUUCUCUGGCAAGACCAUCGCACCUGUCAUGAUCAACUUCCAGGUCAAGUGUGCUCUUGCCGACAUGUGGCGUGAGCUGCAGAAGGAUGUUCUUGAGGAGCUCUCUUCGCUCUACCAGUCGGUCUACAGUGGCGACAAGUUGAAGAACUGGCCCACCAUCUUCAUGCUCGCUGCUAUCCUCCUCGCUGUCUGGGAGCUGAUCCAGUUCGACUGCAACUACCGCGUCCCCGACGUCGGUGCCGUCAACAAGUUCUGUGGUGAGAUGGAGGGCACUCCUGUUGGUGUCAUUGUUGGUCUCUUCUCGGCCAUCUCACAGAAGCUUCCUUCUUUCACCGAGUGGGAUUCGAGGAAACACCACCACCUCCUCGCCUCUAACCCUGCGGUCUGCGAUGCCAUGACCGAGGUCCGCGCGCACGUCACUAAAUAUGAAACGUACCUCCGUUCAAGAAGUGACUGCAAGUUCGAUCGUACCGACUUCGACUCAUUGUCGAACAAGUUCCUCUCGAAACUUGUCAUCAGGGCCAACUAA